UCGCUCACCUGAGAUCGAGCGUCAGUGUCACGUGUUGUCAUGACUGAAGGUAAAUGUCUUGCAAAAGUGCGAGAGAAGAAGACGAGCGGCGACUGAAGACUGUUUGCUAAGCGGCUUCGAGUUGUGGGGACACAGAGCAGACUUGAGUGCAAACUGCCUUGAUCGUGAGCAGCGGGCCACACAAGAACCCGACUUUGAAGACGAAGAGCAGAAAGCUGAUAUCAGCGAGUUUCCGAUGACCUCUGUCAGGAAGGGUGAAGAAGGCGACGGAGACCACCGUGGAGGAUCACAAGCUGACGGCCUCUUGGCUCCACUGUCAGAUUGCGAUGACACAACCUCACGGUCGCCUGCCACCGAUGACGAAGAACACACUCAAGGUGAUGUGACGUGUCACAACGACGACAAACGCUGGCCGUGUUCUCAGUGUGGGAAAACAUACAGUUCCAAGAGUUAUUUGAAAGUUCACAGGAGACGGCACGAAGGAGAGAAACCCUUCAGCUGUUCAGAUUGCGGCAAACGAUUUGCCGAGAAGGGACAUUUCAACACACACAGAAGAACGCACACGGGGGAAAAACCUUUUUGCUGCUCAGUGUGUGGCAUUCAAGUAGCCCAAAAGGGUAUAUUAAUAACUCACAUGAGAACACACACCGGCGAGAAACCUUUUGUUUGCCAAUUUUGCGGUAAAAGGUUUUCGAUAAGGGGAUAUUUAAAAACACACACAAGAAUACACACCGGUGAGAAGCCUUUUUCCUGCUCAGUAUGCAAUUUUAGUUUUGUUGAACGUUCAAAAUUGGUGAAACACAUGAGAACGCACACUGGGGAAAAACCUUUUUGCUGCUCGGUGUGCGGCGUUCGAGUAGCUCAGAAGAUGAAUUUAACGAUUCACAUGAGAACGCACACCGGCGAGAAACCUUUUGCCUGCCCGGUUUGUGGUAAAAGAUUCACGAUGAAGGGACAUUUGAAAACACACACUAGAAUACACACUGGCGAGAAACCUUUUUCCUGCUCAGUCUGCAACUUUAGUUUCAGUGAGCGUUCAAAAUUGGUGAAACACAUGAGAACACACACUGGGGAGAAAGAGUUUACCUGCUCAGUUUGUGAUAAAAAAUUUGCUCAAAGAUGUACGUUGACAAUACACGCAAGAAUACACACUGGAGAGAAGCCGUUCAAUUGCGGUGUGUGUGAUAAAAGAUUCUCUCGAAAGGAUCAGAUUAAGAGACACAAGUGUGCUGGUAAGAAGAGUAACAAAUCGUGAGCUUCAACUUAAGUGAAGGAAAAGCUUGUAAAAGUGUCUUUAUGAUCCGGGAUUAAAAGUUUUGAAACAGUGAUCAGCGUUGGAUUCGUGUUGGAAAUACUGAGCCUCGAAUGUAAACGUUACUGGUCAAAGUAAAUAUUUAAGGAAUACGCUGGUCCUCCAAAAUCACAAGUGCACUCCACCCCAAAAACAAAGAAAAAAAGGCUCGCAAAUCCAGUAAAAGUAACUCUAUACUUGGUGUGGUGAUAACUACCCAACCUAACAAACGUUUGGAGAAACUUUCUCUGACUUUGACUUUGUUUUUUCGAGUCACUUUUACGAAGUAUGCGAAAGUUUUGACCUGUAGUCACUGUGACCCGACACGAGGGGGCGCCAUUUGAACGGUGAACAUAACCAAUCAGGCCGGCCAUCCAUCCAUUUUCCAGCCCACUCAUCCUCACAAGGGUCGCGGGAGUGCUGGGGCCGAUCCCAACGACAAACGAUCGGUUCCAUUUUGCGUGAAAUCGACUUUGCUCAAACGGGGGCAGAAAGUAAGUGUGUGUGUGUGUGUGUGUGUGGGGGGGGGUUGUGCUUUUCGCGUGACAUCGGAAAGAGGCAAAUGCAUCCAUUCAAAACAAGUUAUGACAAAAAACUGGAGUUGUAAUCGGAACAAGUGAGUCCAAACAGCAUCGACGCUGCUGGUCCUGCGUAUGGAUGCACGAUCACGAUUUUGCUGCCGUCCAGGCGGCAACAACUGGAGUGAAAGUUGGAAACACGUCUAAACAUGAGGUCCACUCCCCGUGCGUCAGAGCAUAGUGGCGCAGCGGAAGCGUGCUGGGCCCAUAACCCAGAGGUCGAAGGAUCGAAGCCAUCCUCUGCUACAGAGGCAGCAUGUCUGCACGGGCUUCCUUUUGUACCUCCCCAAAAAUAGAAAAACUGAUUCUGAUUUUUUUUUUUUUUUACAAGAAUCAUUUCAUUUGAAAUCCAAACCAUGAAGUUUUAUAAGAAUCCCUGACAAACAUUUUCCUGUACGCAACAAUAGUAAAAGAAAGAUGAAGAAAAAACUCUUCCCCGUCAUUCCCAAUCCAAAUGGGAACAACUUUUAACGUUCCAAGAAUUGGCACAUUCCUAAAAUUUCAUUCAUUUUUUUUCUAAUUAAAUGGACAAAAGCUCCGCUGUAAACUCUCCACACGAUGACAUGAUUGCUUGCUCAGUUCUUGUCUGAUUCGAACCAUUCUCAUGAACAAUCUUGAAUUCAUUCUGG